AUGUGGCUGGCAAAUGGUAUAUACUAUGACUUGUUAUUACUUGAGAAUCAACUUCCUUUUUUUGUUCUUGAGAAAUUAUAUAUGUUUGCCUUCAAUGACUCUUCCGGUCGCAACCAUCGCGAAGAAGGCAAACAAGUUGAGGAACACAAAAAGGACCUGAUGAAACAGGAUGCUCCAUUUGUCAAGCUUUCCCUCAAUUACUUUAAAAGCCAUGAUGAAAAGAAACAGUCCGUAGUCGGUGAGGAACUAAGGCAUUUCACAGAUUUGCUAAGAUAUUUGUUCUGUCCACAAGACAUGGAAAGGCACUGGACGCGUAAAAUGGAACAGUGGAGGCGUGAAGAAGGAUGUAUGGGUUCAUCCAAAAAUAAAAAACGAAGGGAGUCCAGUACUCAAUUCUGUGCCACAAAGCUUGACGAUGCAAGAUUGGAAUUCAAAGCUAAAGAUGAUAGACGCUUACUUGACAUAAGACUCCCUGGGUGCUCGGGACGCUUUCCAUGCUGCGCUUUGUCAUGCCUCGUUCCUUGCUUACCAUGCUUGACCUGCUUGAUCUGCUUUCCGAGCUUGACAUGCUUACUUGCGUGCUUCGGAUACCCUAUGCAUAUUUUCAAAUUCCCACAACUUGUGAUAGACCGCAAUACUGAAGCUAUAUUCCGAAACCUCAUGACUUUGGAGCAAUGUCAUUAUCCAUCUAAAACUUACAUUUGCAGUUAUGUUUUGCUAUUGGACCGUCUUAUUGACACUGAAGAAGAUGUGGAUUUGCUUGUUGAUAAAAAGGUCAUUGUUCACCACCUCGGUUGCAACGCUGAAGUGGCGACUCUAAUUAACAAACUAGGAGAUCAGAUUGUGGCAACUACACCCUCUUAUUUCGAUGAUAUCACCCAAAAGCUUAAUGACCACUGUGAGUUCCCUUUGAAUCAAAUCUUGGCAAUCCUGAAAAGAGAGUAUUUCCCCAAUAUUUUUAGAGGCACAGCAACUAUUGUUGGACUUAUUGUCCUGGGUUUCACUCUCUGGGAUUUCAUUAGGUCUACUAACAAUAAGUAG